ACUCAACUCCAAGGUGAGUUUAUUCAGCAAAUGUGGCUCUUCCUAGCCAAUGGAGAACACUAAGGAUUGUGUAACUUUGUUAUUCAAGACCCACAAUUUUCCCACUACAAAAACUGACUCUUGUCAUCACAAAAACCUGUAUUAGAUACAGCCACAUGUACCGUUUAUACUUAUCUUCUUUUCCAGAGGUUGUGUGACAUGAAGAAGAAGCCUUUUAGAGUAGGUAGCAGGAUGAAAUGCCAACAUGCCACCUUGGCAACUGGUGGUGCAAAGAAGCCAGCCACGCUACCCAGUGAUCUUAGUGCUAUUGUCAUUACCUGUAAGAAAAGUGAUCAGUCUCCGUGCAGUAGUAUGCCUCUUACAGACAGAGUUGAACAAGGGAACACAGUUGACACAGAGUGGAGCCACAAGGAGACUUUCAUACCAGCAGCCACGCGGCCUGGCUCUCGCUGCGUUUUGGACAUGCCCGGGCCCCUGCAAUGGGCCAGGUGUCACUGGAGGCGGCUCGUCGGGGGGACUGGUGGGGACCAGGACGGCCAGAGGCGCUGCCGCUACUCCUCGCUGCUCCCCUGCGCGGGCAAGUCCUCCCAGAGCCCCAGGCUGGCGAGGAAGCACCGCAUGGUCGUCCCCAACCCCUGGCCCUUCCAGGAGGAGCACGAGAAGUUCUCGGGAGCCUACGUGAAUAACCGCAUUCGGACGACAAAGUACACGCUUCUGAAUUUCGUGCCGAGAAAUUUGUUCGAGCAGUUUCACAGAGCCGCCAAUUUAUAUUUCCUGUUCCUCGUGGUCCUGAACUGGGUGCCUUUGGUAGAAGCCUUCCAAAAGGAAAUCACCAUGCUGCCCCUCCUGGUCGUCCUGACGAUCAUCGCGAUUAAAGAUGGCUUGGAAGAUUAUCGCAAAUACAAAAUUGACAAACAGAUUAAUAACUUAGUAACUAAAGUGUAUAGUAGGAAAGAGAAAAAAUACAUGGACCGACGCUGGAAAGAAGUUACUGUCGGUGACUUUAUUCGCCUCUCCUGUAACGAGGUCAUCCCUGCGGACAUGGUGUUGCUCUUUUCCUCCGAUCCGGAUGGGAUCUGUCACAUCGAGACUUCCGGGCUGGAUGGAGAGAGCAAUUUAAAGCAGAGGCAGGUGGUUCGAGGCCAGGCAGAGCAGGACUCUGAAGUUGAUCCCGAGAAGUUCUCCAGUAGGAUAGAAUGUGAAAGUCCAAACAAUGAUCUCAACAGAUUCCGAGGUUUCCUAGAACAUGCCAACAGAGAACGUGUGGGUCUCAGCAAAGAAAACCUGUUGCUUAGAGGAUGCACCAUUAGAAACACAGAGGCUGUCGUGGGCAUUGUGGUUUAUGCAGGUCAUGAAACCAAAGCAAUGCUGAACAACAGUGGGCCACGGUAUAAACGCAGCAAAUUAGAAAGAAGAGCAAAUACUGACGUUCUCUGGUGUGUCCUGCUUCUGGUCAUGAUGUGUUUGACUGGUGCCCUGGAUCAUGGGAUCUGGUUGAGCAGAUAUGAAAACAUACUCUUUUUUAAUAUCCCCGAGCCUGACGGACGUACUGUAUCUCCGGUGUUGGCGGGAUUCUAUAUGUUUUGGACCAUGAUCAUUCUAUUACAGGUCCUGAUUCCCAUUUCUCUCUAUGUUUCCAUUGAAAUCGUCAAGCUCGGACAAAUAUAUUUCAUUCAAAGUGACGUGGAUUUCUACGAUGAGAAAACGGAUUCUACUGUUCAGUGCCGGUCCCUGAACAUCACGGAGGAUCUUGGACAGAUUCAGUACCUCUUUUCUGACAAGACAGGGACCCUCACUGAGAAUAAGAUGGUCUUUCGAAGGUGUAGCAUAGCAGGAUUUGAUUAUUGCCAUGAAGAAAACGCCAGGAGGUUAGGGUCCUACCAGGAAGCCGGCUCUGAAGAUGAGGAAUUUGCAGACACUUUGAGUGGCUCCACCAGCAAUGAGGCGACACCCAGAGCCGACGGCGGCAGGACGGUCCCCAACGCGCCUUCUGGAAGCAAGCCCCCGAGCCAGCCCGCCGGGAGCUCGGGUGCUGUGGGAAGUGGACAAGGAGCCGGGGACGUGCCCAGCCCCAGGCAGGCUGCCUUCAGCAGCCCCAUCGAAACAGAUGUGGUCCCACGCCCCAGGCUUUUUUGGAACAAAUUCAGUCAGAUUACACCUCAGCUCUUUACCUCGCUGGAUGAGACCGUCCAGAUUACCGCUGGAGACUUUGUCAUGAGUGAUAUUGAGUAUGCAGAGUGGCUGAGGAACCAUUUUUUAGCUGAAACCAGCAUUGACAACCGGGAACAAUUACUCCUGGAAUCUGCCAUGAGGUUGGAGAACAAACUGACAUUACUCGGUGCUACUGGCAUUGAAGACCGCCUGCAGGAAGGAGUCCCCGAGUCCAUCGAAGCCCUCCACCAAGCCGGCAUCAAGAUCUGGAUGCUGACGGGGGACAAGCAGGAGACGGCUGUCAACAUAGCCUAUGCGUGCAAACUGCUAGAGCCCGAGGACAAGCUCUUCAUUCUCAACACCCAGAGUAAAGACGCCUGCGAGAUGCUGAUGAGCACGAUCCUGAGAGAGCUUCAGAAGACGGCUCCAGCCCGUCCCGGGCGAACGCCAUCAAGCGUGGAUGUCCCCCAGCCUCCCGUGCCCCGGGACUCAGAGCCUGGGGCUGGACUCGUCAUCACCGGGAGGACCCUGGAGUUUGCCCUGCAAGAAAGUUUGCAGACGCGGUUCCUGGAGCUGACGUCUCGCUGUCGGGCCGUGGUCUGCUGCCGCGCCACGCCCCUGCAGAAGAGCGAGGUGGUGAAGCUGGUGCGUGGCCACCUGCAGGUCAUGACCUUGGCCAUCGGGGAUGGUGCCAAUGACGUUAGCAUGAUACAAGUGGCAGACGUAGGCAUAGGGGUCUCGGGUCAAGAAGGCAUGCAGGCUGUGAUGGCCAGUGACUUUGCCGUUUCUCAGUUCAGACAUCUCAGCAAGCUCCUCCUUGUGCACGGGCACUGGUGUUACACUCGGCUCUCCAACAUGAUUCUCUACUUUUUCUAUAAGAACGUGGUAGUUGUCCAAUUAAUUUCUUUCUAUUUAUAUUCUUUUUGGUUUUCAGGAACGUCCAUGACCGACUACUGGGUUUUGAUCCUCUUCAACCUCCUCUUCACCUCGGCCCCUCCUGUCAUUUACGGUGUUUUGGAGAAAGAUGUGUCUGCAGAGACCCUCAUGCAGCUGCCCGAGCUCUACAGGAGCGGGCAGAGAUCAGAGGCGUACCUACCUGUCACUUUCUGGAUCACCUUGUUGGAUGCAUUUUAUCAAAGCCUGGUCUGCUUCUUCGUGCCUUACUUUACCUACCAGGGCUCAGACAUUGACAUCUUUACGUUUGGAAACCCCCUGAACACUUGUACCCCAGCCUCAGGAAUGGGGGCUUGGGUCCACGUGCUGGUCAUCGCUGGCAGUGUCCUGUCUUACUUUGUCUUCACCUUGGCCUUCGGAGCCCUGUGCGCGACGUGCAACCCGCCAUCCAGCCCCUACUGGAUCAUGCAGGAGCACCUGCUGGACCCCGUGUUCUACCUGGUUUGCACCCUCGCCACCUGCGUCGCCCUUCUGCCCAGGUUUGUCUACAGAGUCCUGCAGGGCUCCCUGUUCCCGUCCCCAAUCCUGAGAGCUAAGCACUUAGACAGACUCAGUCCGGAGGAGAGGACCGAAGCUCUCAAGAAGUGGAGGGGGACUGGAAAGACAGGUCGAGUGACAUCAAACCUUGCUGAACAAUCAGCCGCCCAGUCAGGAAGGAGACCCAGGUCUGCACCUUCUGCUGUGUUUGCGAUGAAAGCAGCAACGUCUUGUGUUGUUGAGCAAGGAGACACGUCUGUCUGCGAAACUGCUCUAGACUGACGCUUCUCUGAAACUGAGGCUGGACCCUCAAAAGAUUAAGAAAGCAGCAUGCCCUCCUUGAAGGUGAAGUCUUCUUUCGAGUCCGGAAGAGGGAUCUUGAAGACGCACCUCUAACCAAACGAGAAUGGCUUGCAUUUUUUUCUUAAGGGACCUGAGCAUUUUCCUAGACUUGGGAAAGCUGCCGGAAUGACCACUGCUGUAUAUUUGUGUAUACAUUUGUACUAGAGAGGUAGAGUUUUGGACCUGGAUGGAGUUUAGGGAAGUUGUGAAAUGUUGAAUUCAGAAUCAGAUGCUUUUACGAAACUUUUUGGAUUUUGUAAAAAGCAUUUUUAGUUGUCUCAGAAACGCAGAUGUUUUCAAGGGGAGUCGUUUGAGAUAUAUUUAUUUUACAGGGAGAUCUUAUAUUCUUGCGAAAUGCUUUCAGUGAGCUGGCUCCGAUCUGAAUUUCUUUUUCUUUUUUUAAUUGAGAAAAAAAAAGUACUUUUGAGUUAGGACUCAGAAAAUACUUCCAUAUGGGGAAAAAAAUGUUAAUAAAUGGUUAAUUUACAGAUAAACUUCCACUAGCCUUUUCAACAACAACGUAGCUAAAAUAGAGUAUAAUUGUACUGCUUCAAAUACGGUUAAACUAUGUUAGACAUACCUCACUGCUCAUUUCAGUGUUAAACCUUCAUUGGGAAGAGGCAGGUAACGUAGGGUUCUAUCAGCUACAAGGAAUGCAAUCCUUUCUCAGCGUCCAGUCAAGAGAAGACUUUUCAUGAGGGCUGUCUCUUUUCAGAUGUUGUCAAAUAGGAAACUGAGGCAGCAGGUCAGACGGACAGAAUCAACUGGGCUGAUAACCCACUGGGCAAUUCUGUAUUCUAAAACUGACAAUAGCCUGAUGGAAACGAUACCAUCAAUCUCAAAACAAUCUUCUAGAGACCACUUAAGGGUUCAUUGCUUGUACCAAUAUCCUACAACUUUUCUAGUGUGGUAGCCUUUUUAAAAAUGACACAUACAUUGAGACUAAUACAGAUUGUUCUCAGGAGGUUUCUAUGAGGUUCUUAGAAAAAUUCGUUUGUUUUUUUUUUAAUGCGUUUGAAGACAGGAAUGUCUUCAGGCAGGUUUAUUUCUGUGAAAAUCCUGUAUGCUGACUUUAAUUGGAGCAAAGAAACUAGUUUAUACUAAGCAAGGCCAGGUGCUGUUAUAACAUCACGUUAUUAUCGCUGAAGUCCUUUUAAAAUUCUGUCUCUGUUAUCUGAAAGCUGUCAGCCAUCAAUCAUCCGGAAUUUCCUUGGUGAAUCUUCAUGCUCAUGUUCAACGUCUACAUCAAGGCCUUCUUAAUGACUAUUAAACUGUUAUUCUCAGGGUUUUGAGCUCCUACCCAUUUCCUACUCUUGUGCUCUGACAUUUUUUGUAGCCUUCUGAUAUUACUGCAUAUAUAGUCUUUUAUAUAUAUCGAUGGAUUUCUAGAACUUUCAAAAUCCUGUAUGAGGAAUGAAAGUUGCUUUCUACUUCCUUAUGAUUUUUUUAAAAAAAUAAACUGUUUAAUAAAUAAUGUGUACUGAAAAACUGUCAUAAACUCUUGUAGACACUCACUGUAUCCAACUGUGAUUAGUACCAGUAUCAUAGUAAUUAGUACCAGUACAUAGGAGAAGGGAAGUCCCAAAGUACAUCUUUUACUAGAAUAUUGUUUCCGCCUUUUCUUACAUGGAAAAAUCACUGAAGUCAUAUAAUUUGCUAUCCUCCAGCUGGUAUCCAUUCCCUAAGAUCAUCGAUCUCCUGCUAAAUAAAAAUUUAGGGAUAUAGCCACUUGUAAAUAAAAGGUUAGAAUCUAAGAAUAAAAAGAAUGAGCCAAAAACACUAACAAAAAAGG